AGUCGUAUAGGAAUCUAUAAUCUAGUACUUUCGAAAAUACGCCGAGAGUAUUCCUGAUGGUGAAACGAGCGUUGCUUCAUCGAACGCAGCUAAAGAAAACAACAUCUAUGUAGUUGGUGGUACGAUGCCUGAAAUAGAGGGCGAUAAAUUGUACAAUACCUGUACUAUUUGGGGUCCCGAUGGAACUUUGAUAGCAAAACACCGAAAGGUACAUCUAUUCGACAUCGACAUUCCUAAUAAGAUUACUUUUCGAGAGAGUGAUUCACUCAGUCCUGGUAACUCCCUAACGACGUUCGACGUGAAGGGCUGCAAAAUAGGUAUUGGCAUUUGCUAUGAUAUUAGAUUCGAGGAAAUGGCACGCAUUUAUCGUAACAAAGGUUGCCAAAUGCUGAUAUAUCCAGCGGCAUUCAAUAUGACCACUGGACCACUGCACUGGUCAUUACUUCAGCGUUCCAGAGCGAAUGAUAAUCAAUUAUACGUUGCCUGCAUAUCACCGGCUCGUGUUCCUUCAGCAAGUUACGUCGCAUGGGGGCAUACACAGUUGACCAAUCCCUGGGGAAAGAUUCUUUACGAUUUGGAAACUCAAGAGAAUAUGGCAGUCACCGAUAUCAAAAAAAAAAAAAAAAAAAAAAAAAAAUAUGAGGCAUACUAUAUAAGAUUGUCAUCGAUUUAAAAUCAAAGUAUGAAAAGGAUACCCUGGAGAGAGUAAAACACAGAAUCAUUCCAACUAAACAUUCAGAUCGUACCGACACCUAGGUAUCGUCUUACAAUUAAAUCUCGGUCUCGAAUGGAUUAAAAUGAAAUACAUACUUGCAGCUUCAACAUCUUCAAUAUCGAGGAGAUUCAAACUUUACAAAUAAAUGUAAAUUGCGAUGUAAAACAAAGCGAUGUAAAAAGGGAAAAAGGAGGAAAGAAGGAACAGGGAAGUAAAGAGAAGAAACAAAUUUUUCAUUUUCUCGAAACUGGAUCAAGUUUCAGGAAGACCAUCCAAUUUUCUCAAGCACUGAAGCCAUUGACAGCGCGUAGACAAAAGACUGCGACGAAGUCAGGCCAUAAACAGUAGACAGGCGACGUUGGCUUCGGGGUUUUCAGUUAUUGGGUAAUGUCACGACCGGCAUACUUCAAAUCCGACGGACUGACGAUAGAGAUAAAGAUGUGGCGGCACUCGGCGACAAUGUAUAUCGCUGAAGUGCCUAAUGAACCAUCAACAUCCCAACGGUCCUUCCACCGAAGGUUCUAGAAGAAAGAGCACGUGGCAACGAUCGCGGACGCCUAGCAAAUGCAUGGACGGUGGGGUUGUUGAGGGAUGACAAGAGAAAGUAAUCGGAUCCGAUCGAAAGUAAAAUCAUAAGAGUCAGUCUUAGAAAGUCACGCCUAGAGUUCGGAAGUAGAUUGUAAAGUGUAUUGAUGUUAGAAAAAAAAUAAAGUUUUCUUUUUUAUUUUUACCUCAAAUUCCUUUUUUUAUUUUGUUAUUUUACGUGACAUUUUGGCGAUCCUGCCAGGAUAGUGAAAAGUGUUUGUUCGGAAACCAAAAGACAUUCAUCAUCUACGGAAGAUCGAAUUAUUUGGGACUACGGUCAUCCGCAACAACAAAGUAACUAUCACGAACCAAGUGAAGUAACAAUAAAAGGUAAACUGAAUUCCUUUGUACGUUACCGUGAAAGAAAAUUUAGCUUCAGUAGCCAAGACUCGUCUUCGUCUGAAAAUUAUAAAUCAGCGCAAUAAUGUCUAAGGCAAACGAAUCUCAAACUUCAACCUCAACUGACCCAAUGUUGCGAGCAAUAUGGGACAGUAUUCAAAAACAGAACGAGAACAUUGCCCUUUUACGAGAGGAAAUGUUACGUUUGUCUAUGCAAAAUGACGAAGAGAACAGACACAGGGCAGCAGAAAUCGAGAAUCUCGGGAAAACCGUCGCAGCGCUACGGACUGGGUUCGGAUCCCCUGCGACCGAUGAAUUUGCUUCCAUUAUCACCGAAGACAUUGAAAGUGCGUCGACAGCAAUCAAUCGCACCGUGAAUAUGGCAAAAGCACGCAAACUGUCAGGGUUAGCAGCUCCAGACACCCCACCUGUCCACCUCGACAUCGAACAACCCGAGGUGGAAGAAAGAGGCUAUUUUCCGCCCGCUCCUCCCUCUCUACGAGCUAAGGAUGCAAUACGCUACAUCCCAACGCUCAACGGAGAUGAUGAUGUAGGAGUUGAAGACUUCAUCAAAGAAGUGAGAAGUAUGAAGGAUCGCUGUAUGGAGCAAGAUCUAUUGCUAAAAGCAAUAAAAGUGGAAAAAAUCGUGGGGAAAGCAGCCCAAAGUAUUCGCAACAUUCCUAUUGAGUGUUACGGUGAUCUGUACGACGCACUGAGAAAUAACUUAGCAGCACAAGUGACUUCGGAUGAGUACCAAGAACAAUUACGAGAGUUGAGACAGGGACGCGAGGAAUCAGUGCAAAGUUUUAAUAUUCGGUUUAGAAGAAUACUCAACCGUUUGCUGUACGCAGUAACCAAUGAGUACCCACAACCACUAACACGUAAAAUUAUGACUGAAGAAAUCACGAAGAAGACUGUUCGUGUGUACCUAAAGGGACUCAGACGCGACAUAGGGCGAAUACUAUUAAGCAAUGAACCCUUGAAUCUUCCGGAAGCUGAAAAAAAGGCAGCCGAUGUAGAACGCUACUUGCGAGAAGAACGACAACCUAAUUGGUCAUGUAAUCGCUUACCUUCGGUUAGUAAUCGCCCCGACAACCAGCAUAUGCAGGUAAGACGAUCUAAUGUACCAUCAAGAUCGCCUAACACGCCAAUAGCUCAGAAACCUGCUACAUUUAACCAAGUAGAAAAUAGAUCACCUGCUGAACGCGCGCAGAUGAAGUGCUUCAAGUGCGGAAAGCUGGGACACAUUGCCAACAAGUGUCAAAAUUUUCUACCACCGAGCCAGCGCGAUCGACCACCCGCAAGGAUUCAGGCAGUCUAG